AUGACCGUUUCCCCUGCAGCAGCAGCAGCAGCCGCCGAUGCCGCCGCUGCAGCAGCCGAGGCAGCAGCACCCCAGCGAGAGUCGACUGAGGAGAGUGCGCAGCAGCAGCGGCCAGGGGAUGUGGCUGUUGUUGCAGCAGACGCUGCUGCUGCUGCGGGCAGACUUUUCGAGAAUCACGUGAAGGAGCGGGUGAUGCAGAUGCUGCUGCUGCUGAAGGAGGACCCGCAGCCGCAGCAGCAGCAGCUGCCGCUGCAGCAGCUGCCACUGCAGCAGCAGCAAACUUUCGAGAAGCCGCUGCAGCGGAAAACACAUGACCGAGGCCACGCAAGGAAAGAGCGGCGCAGCAUUUCGGCGCGGGCGGAGCGGGCCCGCAGGCCCCCCCACAGCAGCAGCAGCAGGAGCAGCAGCAGCAGGACUAGCAGCAGCCGGAGCAGCAGCAGCAGCGAACGGGAGGAGAAAGUGCAGUGCAGCAGCUGCAGAAGACUGCAGCAGCGCCUCAGAGUGGAGAAGCUGAAAAGACGCGCGGGAGAUAGCGAAGCGAAGCAGCUAAUUGCCCGCGUGGCUUCUCAAGUAGUUGGCCUCAGCGGAGAGGCGCGGGAAGCAGCAGCAGCUGCUGCAGCUGCAGCAGCCACUGCCUCCUACAACAAGCAGCAGCAGCAGCUGCAGAAGCAGCAGCAGCUGCUGCUGGAGGAAAGGCGCCGCUCCGCAGCCCUACAGGACCAGAUGCAGGCGCUGCAGACCGAAGUUGACAGACUGCAGCAGGAGCUGCUGCAGCGGCAGGAAGUUGUGCAGGCAUCUCCAGAAUGUGCCCCUCCGCUGUUGCUGCUUAUGCUGCAUCAGCAUGCUGCAUCAUUGAUAGAACAGCUGAUGGGGCAGACAGACCCGUUGCUGCAGCUGGCACUGCUGCGAGUAGAGCGUUUAGGAUUGCAGCUGCAGCAGCUGCAGCAGCGACAACAACGGCAGAAACAACGGCACCAGCUGCUGCAGUGCCAGCGGCAGCUGCAGUCGCUGCAGAUGAAGCCGCUGCAGCUGGCGCCUCUGUCCCCCGGGGGCCAGGACCUGCAGCGGCAGCAGCAGCAGCAGCUGCAGUCGAUGCAGCAGCUACAACAGCAGCAGCAGUGGCAGCAGCAACUUCUGCCGCGGGGAAUUGAUAGUGAAAGCAGCAGUGCAGAUGGGCUGCGAGCAACGGAGGGGCCUGUGGAGGGGGCGUUGAGGACCAUGAUUUCGAGUGGUCCACAGCAGCAGCAACUGCAGCAGCAACUGCAGCAACAGCUGCAUCAGCAGCAGCAGCAACAGCAACAGCACAAGCAGCAGCACCAGAAGCUGCAGCAGCAGCCAGCGUUGUCGCCUCCGGUGCCUCUUGGGCUGCUGCCGCUGCCGUCAAGGUCCGACACUGUAUUGAAUGUUCCUGCUGCUCCUCUUCCUGUCUCAGCUGCCAGCCCUUGCUGCAGCAGUGCAAUUCUGACCCCCGCAACGGCGUUUGCUCGUGCUGCAGCAGCAGCAGAGGGGCUGCUCGACACGGGAGCUCCCGCAGACAUGCGCCGCUGCUGCGGCUGCUGCUGCAGCAACAAACUGCCCGAAGUGGUGCUUCCCCCAAUGCAGAGCGGGAGCGGGCGGCGGAACUCUUUGCUGUCAAAUGCUAGUGUAGGUCGCGACCCGCAGGGGCCUCACGGGCCGCUCGCUGCAGUCCCAGGCCCAGUGCGCGUGACUGCUGCUGCUGCUGCUGCUGCUGCUGCACCGAGCUCGCUGCUCUCUCCGCCCGUCACGCUGCCGCCCCUGCAGAGCCAGCAGCCGAGGGCUUCGGGCCGCCUCUCUGCGCCCCCCCAGUUGGCCGCAGCAGCGCUGCCCAGACUGGCAGUCAGUGCUGCUGAAGGGCUUCCCACGGGGGUAGCGGGAGCAAGUGCUGCUGCUGCUGCAGCAAAUUGGGGAAUGUUGCUGACGCCGCCUGCAGCAACGGGCGGAGCUGCAGAAGCUGGACCGCUAACAGUGACUGGGGCCCCCAGGACGCUUCAGGAGCCGCGAGGCCAGGGGGGUCCGACGCAGCAGCUCUGGGGUUUGGAGAAGAGGCUUUUUGCUGCGGAUCCACAGCAGCGGCUCAGCGCAGCCACUCGGGACGCAGCGGCAGAAGCAGCAGCAGCAGCAGCAGCAACCUCCUCAACCCAGCCCACGCCUCCCGCAUGCCCCCAUGUCUUUCCCACUGUCAGGCAGCAAACCAGGGAUGCAGCUGUGUCUCCCGUGACGUGCCCGAGGGGCCUCUGCGGUUUGAGCCAGCAGCUGAGUCUGCAGGGAGCGAAGACGGCGGCCGACGGAGUGCAGCGGUGCCAGCACCAGCAGCAGCGGCAGCAGCAGCAGCACGCGCAGCAGCAGCAGCUGCUGGCCCAGGACGGACGGGACGUCCUGGGCGUCCCCGACAGCACAAGGGGAGCCUCUUCUCGGAGAGAAAUGCCAAAUUUGAGGGAGACAACGAAAAGCUGCUUAAGUGAUGCACAUCUGAGUGGAUCUGGAGUUGCGAGGGAGGAAGGAGCAGCAGCGGGAGCAGCAACAGCCGCAACGGCAGCAGCGCAGCAUCAAGACAACAGCAGCACUGCGCAGCAGCUCGGGCAGAGCUCCAGCUUAUCAGUUUCAUCUGUUGACCUGCAGCAACUCUCUUUGCUGCGGGUGCCUCUGAGGCAGCUUCUUAAUGACCAACAGUCUAUGCUCGAGCACUUGGACGCAGACUACGGAGAACCCGUAGGGCCAGGGGCCCCCAGUGUGGGCAGCAGCAGCAGGGGCCCCCAACAACCUGUGCAGCCUCCAGACAAACACCAAGCUGCUGCUGCCUCUGUGCAGGUAGAGCGGAGGAGGCAUCUGCACCACAGAGAUGUGGAAGUUAGAGUUUCAGUCCCCUUAUCUCUGCUUAGCGGGGGCGACGCUGCAGCAACAGGGCCAACAGCAGCAGCCACAAGAGCAGCAGACACUUCCACAGCGCCAGAUGGCGAGUAG